AUGCCAAGCCUCAGUGAAGAACUUGCGAAUCGAAUGAAUCCUUCUCAGGACAUCAUGACGGCACUCAGAAGAUUUAGCGAGCGGGCGUUGGACAUGGGCUUGAUGUCCAAGGACGACGAAGCCUAUGCAAUUUUUGCGGUGGUUUACAACGGUCUUCCCAUUCUCCUUAGUCACUUGAGGCCUUUUACCGAAAUCGGCCCUCUCAGCUUGGUCACCGCAUUCCGGUCAGCUAUCGUACUUCAGGACGAGGCCCUCAUUCGCGAAUUGAUCCCUCAUAUCGAGGAAAUCCACCUUCUCGAUGCUUUCAGGCGCUCUUGUGCGUCUAAGAACGUCGACAUGGUUGCCGCCCUCCUAACGAACCUUCCCGCACGUCUUCGGGCUACCGCCGCAACAUCAUAUCUCGAACCUUCGGUUAUCGCCGGAAAGCUUGAUCUCAUUCAACUACUGAUUACCGGAGGAGCGGAUUUGAAUAAAAACAUCACGGUGCAUGGAUAUGGUCACAAAACGGGAACUUGCUUGCAUUGGCUAGCAUCGUGCGCACUACGGACCAGUUUUCCCGACAACGCUGUGCUCUCAAUAGUCAAGAUGUUCUGUGACGCCGGCGCGGAUCUCAACGCAAGGGGCGAGAAACGGCAGACACCUUUACAUUUCUUGGCAAUCAAUGGUGUUCGGAAGGUCAAGCCACUCCUAAGCUGUGCAGACUUCGCCACUGGUGGGAUCGCUUGGUUAUACGAAUCUGUCAUUCAGACACUCAUCGACGCGGGCGCGGAUGUCAAUGCGCAGGACGCAGAAGGGAGGACGCCUCUUCAUCAUGCUGUGGUUCAGGGUGAGGGAGUCAUGUUCAAUCUCCUCUUCAAAGCGUCUGCCAACGCGUUAAUUGAGGACAACGACGGGAACACCGCGAGCGAACUCGCAAACCGGUUCAUGGAGCACGUGAUUCGCAAGUACGAGGCAGGUCAAGUAAAAGAGCUCGAGGCUGUGAGGGAGUUGGAGGCAGCAAGGCAGCUCGAGGAAGUGAAGGAGAGAGAGGCAGCUGAGCGGAGGAGGUUUAUCAAGGAAUGGGAGGAUGCGUUUUGA